AUGUUCCAUAAACAGUGCGAAGACGAAAGAAAGCUCACCUUGAGCAUGGAGCCGCCUCGCCACCGCCUUAGACCGCAUCGCGUCCACGGCCGCGGCGGAAGAGAUAGAGCAAUCGAUGGCAGCGUCGUCGGCGUGAUAUUUAAAAAUGUGUCGCGGGCGGGCGCCGUGGCCGUACCGCUCCCGCGGGAUGGGCGGGCUGGGUGUGCGAGGUGCGCGGCGUGUCACGCGAGCGGCCGGCGGGACACUGCGUUCACGUGCUCCGCCGCACCGCGGCCGCGAGGAAAGCGAUUUUCACGCGGGAAACGCGAUAGUGACCGCCCGCGCUGUCUCGACCCGCGCUCGCUCGCCAACUGUCAGCGGAGACUUGAGCGCCACCCGCCCGCGACGUCGCACUACUACUUGUGCCCUAACUAUACCGCCGUA